GCGGAGGGGCGGUUGCUAGGUUCCUCCAGCGCCUGGGCCGUCGAAUUCUUCGCCUCCUGGUGUGGACACUGCGUCCACUUCGCGCCCACAUGGCGAGCCCUGGCCCAAGACGUCCGCGAGUGGAGGCCUGCGGUGAUGCUGGCAGCUGUCGACUGCGCUGACGAGGCCAACCAGCAAGUGUGCAUUGAUUUUGGGAUAACUGGCUUCCCCACGCUGAAGUUCUUCCGAGCUUUUAGCAAGAAGGCAGAGGAUGGGAUAAGGAUUACUAAUCCCAGCGCCACUGUUGAGGACCUGCGCCAUGCCAUCAUCACCAACCUGGAGCAGAGCCAGGAUGCCUGGCCGCCCGCCUGUCCUCCGCUGGAGCCGGCGAGCGCGGAGGAGGUUCGCACCUUCUUCCAGAGGAACAAGGACCGCUACCUGGCGCUGAUCUUCGAGAAGAGCGACUCCUUUGUGGGCAGAGAGGUGGCACUGGACAUGCUGCAGUAUGAGAACGUGGCAGUGAGGAGAGUGCUGAGCAGCGAGGAGGAGCUCGUGAAGAAGUUCGGCGUCACCACUUUCCCCUCUGCCUACCUGCUUCUCCGCAACAGCUCCUUCUCCCGCCUGCCCGUGCACAUGGAGGUGCGCUCCUUCUACUCCUACUACCUGCGCACGCUCUCGGGCGUCACUCGCGGCUCCUACAAGCUGGACAGAACCACCAACGCUUCCAAUGAGACCAACGUGUCCCAGCCGAAGGACGCCGACCGCUCCAAGUUGUACAUGGCUGACCUGGAGUCCACACUGCACUACUCGCUGCGGGUGGAGGCUGCCCGUGCUGCCGUGCUGUCAGGAGCCCAGCUGGCUGCCUUCAAGUGCUAUGUGGCCGUGCUGGUGAAGUACUUCCCCGGGCGCCCCAGCGUGCAGACGUACCUGCAGUCCCUGGAUGGCUGGCUGAGGAACUGGACAGAGCCUGAGCUGCCCCGCAGCACCUUGAAGGAGGCCAUGAAGAAUAACAGAGAUGCCUCCCACCCUGCCGUGCUCCCCACCAAUGUGACCUGGGUGGGCUGCCAGGGCAGCGAACCCCAGUUCCGCGGCUACCCUUGUGGGCUCUGGACUCUCUUCCACCUCCUGACCAUCCAGGCUGCCCAGAAUGGCCCUAACAAAGAGCUGCCGCUGGAGGUGCUGAGCACCAUGCGCUGCUAUGUCCGACACUUCUUCGGCUGCCAGGAGUGUGCCGAGCACUUUGAGGCCAUGGCGGCCAAGUCCAUGGACCAGGUGGCCAGCCGGGAGGAGGCUGUCCUCUGGCUCUGGUCCCACCACAACGAGGUCAACGCUCGCCUGGCGGGAAGUGACACAGAGGACCCCAGGUUCCCCAAGCUGCAGUGGCCUCCACCAGACAUGUGUCCCCAGUGCCACAAGGAGGAGCGGGGGGUGCACGCCUGGGAGGAGCCAGCCGUGCUCACCUUCCUCAAGGCGCACUUCUCCCCUGACAACGUCUACCUGGAUUAUGUCGAGGUUGACCCAGUCUCUGCAGCUGAGGAGGAGAUGGGCGGCAGAAUGGGCACUGAUGGCCCCCGAGAGGAGAGGGAGAAGGAGAAGGAAGAGGAGGAAAAGGAGACAGAGGGGGAGAUGAGGGCUCUG